AUGUCUGCCGUCGCUCUUCCUCGGCGGUUUUACUCGCUACUAUGGCUUGCGAUUCUGCUCGCCGUUGUCAUCUUCUUCGUCAGCUUCAGAGAUGAUGCCUGGUCAUCCAUUCCCAGCCCGCCUAAGAGCUGGCGCAUCCCCUUCACCACCGACGAUGGUGUCCUCUCGUCGUGGAAGGGAUCUGGCGAUAAGGGCAGCGACAAGGGCAGCAGCAAGAGCACCUACAAGGGCCGAAAGCCCGAUGAGCCGCUGCGCAUCGCCCUCGUCGAGUCCUCGGGUACUCACGACGAGGUGGCCGCCGCCAUGCUCCACGCGUUUGGUAGCUACGAGAACUCGCAGCUCGACGCCUACUUUGCCAACCAGCGCUUCAACAUGCGCGAGAUCAUGGACAACUUUACCCUCGCUGCCAAUGUCACCAUCAACAAGUUCGACAAGUUUGCGGGCGCCAUGACCUCCGAUCCCCGACCUCAUAUCCUCGUCUCGACGACUUGCGAGUUUGACCUGGACCGUGGCACCGACCCUGUUGUCGAUCUGCUCAACCAUGGAGAGACAUUCCUCUUCUGCACCAUCCACCACGCCGACCGCUGGGCCCAGGGCAAGUAUGUCUCGACCGUCCGCGGCUGGGCCGAGCGCGGCCUGGUUGACUUUGUCGGCCUGAGCCAGCACACCCUCGACUUCCUCGUCAAGGAGACCGUCCCCAAGUGGCACUCGGUUGCCAACCUCACCACCCGAGUCAUUCCCCCCGUGUACCCCGUCGAAAUCCCCGAGGCCAACCCCAACGAUCCCAUCUCUCUCGCCAUGCAGGGUGACUACUCUUCUGGUCGUCGCGACUACAACGGCAUCUUCAACCACCUGGGCUCCGUCAUCCGCAAGGCCAACGAGACCACCGAGGAACAUGAGCCUGAGGAGGUGGUGCUCCACGUGAUAGGACACGGCACUCAGCCUGAAGUUCCCGAGCAUGUUAAGAACAACAUCUUCUUCGACUCUGGCCUGUCUUACCCCGAUUUCUACGCUCUCCUUUCGCGCUCCUUCUCCAUCAUUCCUGGCUUCGCCUCCGAUACCUACUACGACCGCAAGGCGUCAUCCACCAUCCCCGCUUCCCUGAUCGCCGGAGCGCCCAUUGUCGCGAACGAGGAGCUCCUCAACGCCUACACUUAUCUCCCUAAGGAGGUUACAUGGGUCGCCCGACCUGGCGAGGGAGAGAUGGACACGAUCGAGCGUGUCAUUGCUGACAAGGACGGCUUCAUCAAGCGAAGACAAAAGGUCCGGGACCUGAACAAGAAGCUGAUGGCGGACAACCAGAAGAACUGCAACGAGUGGAUGGAGCUGGGUGAGGCAAAGGUCAAGGCGUACGCUGAGGCCCAAAAGCAGGACAAGUGA